AUGAGAAAGUUAGACAAGCGGAAAAAUACACGGGAUAGGUCUCACGACCGUCAUAAGAUACCCCGAUUGGAAAUUGAAGCCUUGAGAAGCAAACUCAUCUCGAAUAUGACCGAGACAUGUGGUGGCGUGGUCAACACGUUUAACGAGGACGCCAUGACAGUAUGGAAUACCAGCGCAGUACAACAUGGAUAUUCAUAUCCUGAUCCUAGGCUAGAAAGUUGUAGUCGACCUUGUAGUUAUAAUGGAAAAACCUAUGAAUAUUGUAAGGUGGGCACGCAAGACAUAUUAUUAAUUCUAAGAAAGCAGUUUUAUAAUCAUUCAAGAAAAGUUCUCCAAGAUACACUUCUCUGUCGUUAUAUGUGUGUUAUGAUGGCUAAACGACACAGGGAAAGUAAAGAAAUCCGGGCGAGAAAAGCAACAGUUUGCUACAUGUCAAAGUCUGUCAAAAAUGGGGUUCGAGUUUGUAAAGGAUUUUUUGCUGUUAUUUUUGGUAUACCAUACAAUCGUCUCACAACAGUUGCAAAGGUUUUGGAGACGGAUGCAUUCCUAAUGAAAAAAGGGAAGGGGAUAGGAAGUCCCAGAAAAGCGCAACUAAAAAAGGAAAAAGUACCAGAUUUCAUAGUGAAAAAAUUGUAUAGAAUGUAUAUUAAAAAAUGUGCGCCCAACGACUGGGUCUCUUAUGAUAUGUUUGGAAAUGUCUUCAUACAUGAUUUUAAUAUUGGUUUCUCAUUCCCUCCCUCCGAUGUGUGCUCCAAGUGUACAAGGUUAAAAGAGCAGUUAAAACAAAGUAAUGACCCAGAAAAGAAAAACAAUAUUAUACUGGAAUACCGCAUGCACAAAAAAAUAGCCAAUACUUUCUAUGAACUUUGCCGUGAAAAUCCAGACAAUAGUAUUACUUCAACAGGUUCAGCCUCUUCCCCGUACACCUAUUGGAGAUGCCUUCUAUGCUCAUAA